AUGGCUGACGAUGAGGAGCGCAUUAAAGCUGAGAAGCUAGCAGCAGCCAAGAAACGGGUUGCCCAACUCCAGAAGAAGAAGAAAGCCAAGAAGACCUCCACAGCUGGAACAGACACCAAGGACGAAGCCACCAAAGAGACAGAACGCACAGAAAGCGCCGAGGAUAUCCCAGGUGCCGAAUCGUCGACCGAGACCCCCGCAGAGGAUAAGCAGGAUGAGCCAGCCGCUGAACCCGAAGCCACAGCCCCGGCCCAGCCAGACGAAGUAGAAGAACCGCAAUCGCAACCGACUGAUGCACAAGUCGAGUCUCCGACCGAACCGAUGCCUCCAGCGCCCACAUCUCCCGGUCCAGACGCCGAGCCGCUGCCAGUCCGACCUGACACAGGCCGCGGCAGCCACGGCCGACAACCUUCGCUAUCGAUUCAGUCGAAGAUGCGCUCGUCUUCGUUCCGUAAGACAUCCGUGUCACAGGGCAGCGUGUCGCCCUCUCCGUCUACUACGGUCAAGUCCCCCGCGCAGUCAUUACCGCCCUUAACUGGGGACGGGGACUCGGUUCAUGAAGUGUUCCGGAAACAGUCGACCAAGAUUGAGGAACUGGAGAAGGACAAUAAGCGGUUGGAGAAGGAGCUUUCUGAUGCGACGACGCGCUGGCGCAAGACGGAGGAGCAGGUUGAGGAUUUGCGGGAGGCGAGUGUUGAUAGUGCGGAGUUGAGGGAGCAGUUGAAGAAGGCGGAGGAGAAGAUUGCAAGUAUUGAUUCGUUGAAAGAGGAAAUUGCUUCCCUGCAGAGACAGAAUGCACAGCUCCAGACCCGGUCACAUCGAAACACGAGUACGACAGAAUCACCGCCAGCAGAUCUCGUUCGUCAGCUCGAGUCGAAGUCGGCUACGAUCGAGUCAAUGGAAUUGGAGAUCUCGAAUCUACGAGCCCAGGCCACCUCCCAAACAUCCUCAAAUGAAGCGCACUCGGCCCAGGUCGCAGCGCUCGAGGAGAAAGUCUCAAAAACCCAAGCAUCGCUAGAAAAGACCCAACGUGAACUGUCAGACACAAAAGCAGCGUUAACGCGAGCGUCCGAUAAAGCAGUCAAAGAAGGCGUCGACAAAACAUCCACCGAAACCCUAAUCAAAUCCCUGCAGCGCUCACUCGAAGAAUCCAAAACCGAAAAGAGCGAAUCCGACAAGAAGAUCGAAACCCUCGACAAAAAACUCCAAGCCAUGGCCAACCUACACAAAGAAACCGAAACCCGCCACCAAACCCGACUCCGCGAAAGCGAGAAAUCGGAAAAAGAACUCGCCAUCAUGCGCAAAAAGAUCGCCAGCAUCGAAAACGAGAACCUCCGUCUCCGCGAAGAAAGCGACCGUCUCCGCACCCGCCAAACAACCGGCGGCGCAGACGACGACGCCAUCGACGAACUCGAAGACGAGGAACGCCAGCGUCUCGAGCGUCGCAUCCGCGAGCUCGAAGGCGAAGUCUUCGAUCUACGUCGCGGCGUCUGGCAAGAGAAGCGCCAGGAACUGGCACACUACCCUGACGAGACCAGUCCUGGCUCCGACGCAGCUAAUGCUUUCGACGACGUCGAUCUCGUCGGUGGUCGCCCGGACCACGCCCGUCGCCGCAGCAUGGGCCAGCCGCAGCACUCGUCUUUCUCUACUGUACUGUCUAGUGGGUUAGCGGCGUUUACGGGGGCGGCUGGGAGUCGUGCGAGGGCUGGAUCGUCGAACCCGCCUGGAACAAGGGGGAGUCUGGAGCUUGUGUCUGAGGAGAAUCUUGAUGAUGAGUUCGAUGAGGAGGCGUUUGCGCGUGCGCAGGCUGAGGAGGAGGGGAGGAAGAGGGUUGAGUGGAUGCGGGAUAUUAAGAGUAAGCUGAGGGAUUGGAAUGGUUGGCGACUGGAUCUGGUUGAUAGUCGGGCUGGUGCUGAGGGUGCUGGUGUUGGUAUGGGGGAGAUCUUUGAGGUGUAG